UACGUUCAAGUCAUCUUGGUACAUCAAACAGAUCGCAAACAUGAGUCCUUUAAUGUUUUGUUCGUCGCUCGCAAUGGUGUUACUCCUUCUUCAGGCCAACGUCGUGCCAGCGAACGGGAAGUACGUCUACCACGAUCAGGACGACGGUCUGCUCGAUGAGCGAUAUCUCGAGGUGCUCGAAGGCCUGAAGGAAGCCCAGGCAGCCGGCCACCUUCACUCGAGCGUGUCGGAAAAGUCGAAAACCGUUCCCGUGCCCGUGUUCCAGAAGGUCGGUGUCCCGGUACCGCACCCCGUACCGAUUGCCGUCCCGCACUACGUCAAGGUGUACAUUCCCCAGCCCUACCCGCUGCAGGUGAACGUCGAGCAGCCGAUCAAGAUCCCGAUCUACAAGGUGAUCCCGAAGGUGAUCGAAAAGCCCGUCCCGUACACGGUGGAAAAGCCGUACCCGAUCGAGGUGGAGAAACCGUUCCCGGUGGAAGUGCUGAAGAAGUUCGAGGUGCCCGUCCCGAAACCGUACCCCGUGCCGGUCACCGUCUACAAGCACAUUAUGCAGAACGAGAAAACGCACCGUAACUGGCACUAUUGAGCAGGAGCGCGAUGAUCGCGAUGUGGGUCGAUGAUUGCGCGUGUGUUUGCGCGGCUGGAUGGGCGACCCUACUCGUUGGUUCAUUCAUUUGGA